AGGAGGUGCUCAGAAUCCGUUCUUUUCCGAGUCUCCCUCUCGCAGCGCAGGCCACAGCACCGGCCAGGCUCCCUUCAGUCUAGCCCCUUAGUCAACAUGGUGGCCGCGAAGAAGACCAAGAAGGCGCAGGAGUCGAUUAACAAUCGGCUGGCGCUGGUGAUGAAGUCCGGGAAGUACACCCUGGGCUACACCACCACGCUCAAGUCGCUCCGGGGCGGCAAGGGCAAGCUUGUCAUCAUCGCCAACAACUGUCCGCCUCUCCGCAAGUCCGAGAUCGAAUACUACGCCAUGCUUUCCAAGACCGGCGUGCACCACUACAGCGGAAACAACGUGGAUUUGGGCACCGCCUGCGGGAAGUAUUUCCGUGUCUGCACCUUGAGUAUUACCGACCCUGGUGACUCGGACAUCAUCCGCUCUAUGUCUACUAGUACUGAGUAGGACCAGUUGGUGCGGCUGGUGAGUUCUCGGGCUUACAUGAUAUGGGCGGCAGAUGCGAAGCAAUGAGGGCUGUGGAUGCAACUGUUGCAUGCAGUCGUUAGGGUUAGGGUUCUGCGUUUUGGUACGUGCUUUAUCCUCUCCGGUUUCAUGCAUCUCUUCAGAACUGCCCUCAAUGUUCCAAGUAUAUAAUUGAGAUCUAUACCAAAGCACUGAGAAUCUAUUCAUUUUUUUCCA